AUGCCAGAUGUUAAGCUUGAGCCGGUAUUAGAGGACAACAACGUCGACUUCCGUAUCCCUGGCGCCGAAGAGACCCCACCCGAAUACCGGAUGAGCCGGGCCAUCAAAACUAUUGAAGCCCUCUGGCAGGAAUGGAUGACCGGCUUGCCAGGGCAACCAGCUGUCUCGACACUUGAUACGCGAUGGGGAAGCCAGUGGCGGGCCGGCCGGCGAUCGGAGGUCCAGUGGUACUCCCUGCGCCUCGAGGUCAUCCGGGAGAUCCGUCGUAUAAGCAAGGCCCGGCGCAUCGCCGAGAUCUCGGCGAUGCACGCCGUGGCGGCGGACCACCGGCAGUCGAGCCGGUCGUUGGAUGCCUUCUGUAAGCAGCUCCGGGCAAGCCGCAAGCUCCGCGAAGCCGGCCAACGGGCGCCGGGGAGGGCAAGAAAGUAG